CAGCAACGGUGGGAGACUCAGUGCGCUUGUGGCUGUUGGUGAGGGAGGGUGUGCGUCUCUGCCUCUCUGAACACUCCCCCUCGCUCCUCGUCUCGAACCCUGGUACACGGAGACACUUGAACCACUCCGCCACUGACUGAAAGAGGCAAACAGACAUAGAAAGAGAGAUUAAAAGAGGAUAUCAAGUGACAGUUUUAACAGACAAUCACAGGAAUUUGUUAAUAUUAUGAGAAGUUGAAUUUUCGAACGAGAUUUUAAGUUUUUUUCUGCGUUUUUUUCGUUUUCUUGUUUUGUUUUGGUGUUUGUUUUGAGUGUUUGUCUUCGUUGUCUUCUUCUUCUUCUUCAAGCGGUUCUGUGACCCCACGAGAAGGCGUGAUGGCCCGGUGAUCGGCGCGGCCAUGCCCCACGGCGCCAUGCUGGUGGUGGGCGGGCUGAUGCUGCUGGCGUGGGCGCCGGCGUGCUCCUGGGCACAGGUGGGGCUGCGCACGGCGCCCCUCACCGCGCAGCGCACCAGGGACAACAGCAGCAGCGAGGGCGGCGGCGGGCUGUUCUCGUCGGGGUGGUCCUCGGGGCUGGAGGCGCGGCGCCGCGGCGACAACAACGCCACCAGCAUCGAGAGCUCCCUGGCGGCCAUCUUCCGCGGCGUGGCCUACGGCGUGCCCACCACCACGACCACCACCACGACCACCACCACCACCACGACCACGACGACCACGACCACCCCCGCCCCCCGCACCACCACCCCCGCCAGGACCCCCACGCGCACCCCGCCGCCGCCCCGCCACCCCACUUGGGGCCCCGUGGACCUGCCGCCGCGGGACGACUUCGCGCUGCGGCCAUCCCGCCCCCCAGCGUGGCUGCUGCCGGAGGUGCAGCAGAAGGCCGUGACGGACCCGCGGGGCCGCGACGCCGCCCGCCCCGUGCUGACGCCCUACGUGGAGUCGCCGGGCCCCGCGGCGGAGGAGGGCGCCGAGGGCGAGGUGGAGGUGGUCCGCGCGGACGUGGGUGCGGGCGUGAGCAGCGUGGCGUGGGUGCGCGCGCUGGGCCCGGCGUGGGUGGUGCACGUGUACUGCGCGGCGGGCCUGUACGGCAUCCUGGCCCUGCUGGCGCUGCUGUGGCUGGCGCGCGUGCACGCCGCGGCGCACCUGCUGCCACGCGGGUACUACAUCACGCUGCACCUGCUCAUGUUCCUGGCGGCCUUCCUGCGCUGCGUGCACCUGCUGCACGACCCCUACGGCGCCGAGCGACGCCUGCCCGCGCCGCUCUCCGCGCUGGUGGAGGAGAGCGGCUGGCCGUGCCUCACCGCGGCGCUGGCCGUGGUGGUGCUGGCCGUGGUGCGCGCCUGGCGGUGCCCGCGCCUGCUGCCGCGUCGCCCCCACGCCCCGCUGGCCCUGGCACUGCUCACCGCCGCCCACCUGCUGGCCUCUGUGGCGGCACACCUCACGGCGGCCAUGGUGCCGCAGCACGCCGCGCCGCUGCGGGCAGCGGCGCGCGCCGUCACGGCGGCCUGGGGUGGCGCUGUGGGCCUGGGGGGCCUGCUGUCUGUGUGGCGGGCGGCGCGAGCGGCGGGGCGCCCCUCGGGUCUAUUGCUGGUAAGGUUGGGCCGCCCCGCGGGGGACAGCGGAGCCGCCCCGCAGCGCCACGCCCGCACGGCGCUGCUGCGCGCCGCGCGCCUGGCGCUGGUGGCCUCGCUGCUGCAGACGGCGCUCGCCGCGCUGCACAUGUACGCGCUGGUGGGGCCGCACUACAUGCUGACGCUGCCGCCCGCCUACCCGUGGCGCUGGCUGGCCUACCAGACGGCCUGCCGCCUGCUGGAGGUGUUCAUGUGGGUCAUGCUGGGCGCCGCCUCCCUGCUGGCGGUGGGCGGCUCCCCCGCCAAGCGCCAGCACCUCAAGGGCGAGGCACGCCUGCUGGCGGCGCUGUCGUGCCGGCGCUGCGGCUCCUGCGCCAGCGUGGCCGCCACGGAGCGCGUGGACGAGGUCUUCCCCGCCGUGUGCCAGGCCAACCAGGCCGUCAGGAACUUCACGCUGCACGCGCGCGGCAAGGCCGUCUACCAGGAGGCACUGGCCCACGCCCCCGCGCGCCGCGCCAACACGGUGCGCGUCACGCACAAGCGGCCGUCGCUCAGGAAGUCCGCCACGCUGCACUCCGCCGCCUCGGACAUCCACCUGCUGUGGAGCCACGGCCCCGCCGCCCCGCUGGGCCCCGACGGCCCCGCGCGCCCCUCCUCCAUGCUGUUCAGCGACGCCGGCUUCGUCAGGUUCAGGACGGCCAUGGACCCCCAGCAGCCGCCGCCGAUGAAGACGCCCCCGGAAGAAGUGGCGGCACGGGCCUUCCAGGGCCUGGGGCCGCAGGGCGAGGGCGGGGAGUGCGGCUCCCCCGGCCCCCGCCCCCUGGACGCGCCACCCGCCUACGAGCACGCGCUGCACGGGCGUGAGGGCGCCGCCUCGCCGCGGUCCGUGGGCUCUCCCAAGUACGAGGCGCCCUACGACAACAGUCAGCUAGAGCAGCUGCUGCAGCGGCGGCUUUGCGGCGACGGCGGCGGCGCGGCGGGCAGCGAGGCGGCCAGCGUCACGGACGGCAGCUCCACGGACGCCCUGUCGCCGCCCGCCGCCGCGGAGCACGACUGGUCCAAGUACGCCAGCACGUGCUCGUCCAUCAGCGCCGCCAACAGCUUCGACGUGCGCAUGUACGACGACUUCGAGGUGGCCUCCUACUACAACGCCCCGCCCGCCGCCUCGGCCCACGUGUACGCCUCGCUGCACCGACCCGGCGCGCGCACGCGGCUGGCGCGGCAGCGACCCAUGCUGGUGGAUGGCGGGGCGUCGCUGCGCAGCUGCGAGGCGCGGCAGGCCGUGGAGCAGCUUGCGGCGCUUUUGGCACCGCGCGGCGCAGCUGCCACGCACUUCUUGGACCUGCGCGGCGAGGCGCGCCACGCGCGGGGCUCCUCGGACUCCGACCCCAGCUCCUCCAGCGGGCGCGCGCCGCGCCCCGCCCGGGCAGGCCACGCCGUGCGCCGCGCCGCCCCACACGACCUGACACCGGACUCCGCGGUGGUGGCGGACGCGGCGGGGCUGACGGACGAGGCCUCGGGGGACGACGCCUCACCGCCCACCCGCGCGGGGCUGCUGACCAAGAUCGUCAAGAACAACUUCUCGCUGGGCGGCGGCUACACGCCCCUGGGCAGCGAGGACCUGCUCAGCGCCUCCGCCCCGCCUCCGGGGCCCGCGCCCCGCCUCCAGGACGACCGUCCGGACAGGGUGCGGCCCUGCGGCCACCGGCCCCGCAGGGCGCCGCGCGAGGAGCCGCCGCCGCUCAGCCCGCAGCGCGACCCGGUGCACCGCCACACUGCCCCGCGGGGCGCGCGGCGGGAGGUGCGGGGCGGCGCGGAGGAGGACCUGAGCGACGUGGCUGACGGCGCCACGCAGACGGAGCCGCGCGCCUGGCCGGCGGCCUCGCCCUCGCCCUGCUCCUCGCGGCCCGCCUCCUCGCUGGCCUCGCACUCCGACCUGCCCUCAGAGUGUGUGGACUCCGAGGACGACCUGCAUGACCCACACGACGCCCACGACCCCCGCCCUCUGCACCCGCGGCACUACCCCCUCCCGCAGCAGCCGCAGCGCCCCGCCUGGACCACCUCCCCGACGCGCCAGCAGGCAGCAGUGUGACCCCCGCCCGACACCCGCCGCUCACACUCCUUGUGAUAGUCCCGCUGCGUGCACACACACACACUCACACACACACACACACACACACACACACACACACGCAGCGCAGGGCACGCCGUCUCCUAUGGCAGACACCAGUGAAGGGUGCGAGGGGGGCAGGGGUGAGGGGGUCACACAACACCUUCCCGGUCUGGCGGAGGCGUACCCGCCGCCGCGGGCCUCGUCCGUGGCCCGCCAGGUGGGCGCCACGCCCACACCGCGGCGACCGGGGUGGGGAUGGCGGCCCGGGCGGGGAGGAAGGCAAAAAAAGAGACACACGGGGCGGCAGAUGUUUCCCGAGUGAGGACAAAAGGUGUGUGUGUGUGUGUGUGUGUGUGUGGCGGGGCCCCUAACCGGCCAGUCCCCGUGCAGGCAACGCUUACAUUCCCGUCACCGCGUCACGCCGCUGUGAAGGACGUAUUAGUGUGGCGGCGUGACGAGAGAGAGAGAGAGAGAGAGAGAGAGCAACACCGUCACAUGAGUAUACCAUUAUGACCGUCACGAGGGAUAAACACACACACACACACACACACACACACACACACACACACACACACACACACACAGGGGGCUCACCAGGACAAAACAGAAAGACGGGAAGAGAGAGAGAGAGAGAGAGAGAGAGAGAUUUCUAUUUUUGUAAGACCAGAGCCCCCCAAAUACUAACCCUUCUUCCCUCCCCCUUCCCUUCCCUUCCCUUCCCUUCCCUUCCCUUCCCUUCCCUUCCCUUCCCCUUCGCACGCAUCAUUACCAAGCCCCCCUUCCCCCUCCCCCCCUUCCCCUGUACUUAAAAAGACUCAAUACUUAUAAAUAUUUGUAGAGGACGAGGAGGAGGAGGAGGAGGAGGAGGAAGAGUGAAGGAGGAACACAUAUAAUAUUAAGAAGUAACUUUUAGCAUAUCAACGCCAUUCCCUUCGCCUGUGUGUGUGUGUGUGUGUGUGUGUGUGUGUGUGUGUGUGUGUGUGUGUGUGUGUGUGUGUGUGUGUGUGUGUGUGUGUGUGUGUAUCACCGCCAUGUGUCCUGCCAUCGCCUCGUCUCUAAUCCUUUUUGCAUCAUCAUCUUGUAUUGCGUCAUCUGUUUACAUUCGUGACGUCACUUCCCCUCCCACUUUGUUUACACUCGUGACGUCACUUCCCCCCACCCAGCCAGGCAGCCAAUCAGCGUGCUUCCUCAGGCUUAUAAGGGGGGAAGAACCGACCAAUCCGGCUUCGUCUCGUUCUGUUAUUUCGUUCUAACUUUCUGCUUAGUGUAAUUAUUCCGUCUUUUCGUUAUAGGGAUUUAUCGUUAAGGGUUGAUUGUGUUAUGAGUUAUUUUGGCCAGCGUUCAUUAUUAUUAUUAUUAUUAUUAUUAUUAUUAUUAUUAUUAUUAUUAUUAUUAUUAUUAUUAUUAUUACCUUCAUUGUUGUUGUUAUUGUUGUUGAUGGGAGAAAAAGAAGAAGGAGGAAAAGGAGGAGGAGAAAAAGAAAAGAAAAACAGGAAAAGGAGAAAGAAAUGAAGGAGGAAAAAAAUGAAGUAGAAAAAGAAGGAAGAAAUGAAGAUGAGAGAGAGAGAGAGAGAGAGAGAGAGAUGAUGAUGAAGAGGACAAAGGAAGAAAGAGAUGAAAUUAGGAGGAGGAAAAACAGGAGAUGAAAAAGAGAGAGAAAAAGAAGGAAAACAAUGAAAAUGAGAAAAGAAAAUGAAUGAAAAAGAUGAAAGGGAGGAAAAGAAGGAUAUGAAAGAAGUAAAAGAAGGAAAACAAAGAUAAUGAAAAAAGAAAAUGAAUGAAAAAAAAGAUGAAUGACCAAAUGAAGAAAAAAAAAACAAGUGAAUGAAAGGAUUGGAAAAAGAAGUGAAUAAAGAAAGUAUUAACAACAACAACAACAACAACAAUGAGGGUAUACAAUCUCAACACGACACUGUAUAAUGAUGGAAAUAUGUGUGUGUGUGUGUGUGUGUGUGUGUGUGUGUGUGUGUGUGUGUGUGUGUGUGUGUGUGUGUGUGUGUGUGUGUGUGUGUGUGUGUGUGUGUGUGUGUCAUUAUAUAUAUCGUUUUUGUGCCAAGCUAGUCAAGAUAAUUAAAGAAAAACUUGAUAUAAUAAAAAAAAUAAUAAAAAUGUAUAC